GGCGCGUAAACUCAGAAUAAUUCGAAAUACGAAACAGUGAAGACGAGAGUUGAGAGUUCGGGAGAACCGAAGUGAAGUUUACAAGUGCUAUAAAACUUUAAUCGAAGUGUUUAUAUUUUCUACGUGUAAUUAUAAGAAGUUUUGAAGAAAAAUGCCAGCUAUUGGAAUUGAUCUCGGUACGACGUACUCCUGCGUUGGAGUUUGGCAGCAUGGGAAUGUGGAGAUCAUCGCAAACGACCAAGGCAACCGUACAACACCAUCGUACGUCGCAUUUACUGACACGGAGCGUCUGAUCGGCGAUGCAGCGAAGAACCAGGUUGCGUUGAACCCCAGCAACACGGUUUUCGACGCGAAAAGGCUGAUCGGACGCAAAUUCGACGAUCCGAAAAUCCAACAGGACAUGAAGCACUGGCCUUUCAAAGUAGUCAACGACUGUGGGAAGCCUAAAAUCCAGGUGGAAUUCAAGGGGGAGACCAAGAAGUUCGCGCCUGAGGAGAUCAGCAGUAUGGUUCUGACGAAGAUGAAGGAAACCGCGGAAGCUUAUUUGGGGUCAUCCGUACGAGACGCGGUGAUCACAGUUCCAGCCUAUUUUAACGAUUCCCAACGUCAGGCCACGAAGGACGCGGGCGCGAUCGCCGGUAUCAACGUCUUGAGGAUAAUCAAUGAACCCACCGCAGCGGCGUUAGCUUACGGUUUGGAUAAGAACUUAAAAGGUGAGCGCAACGUUUUAAUCUUCGAUCUCGGUGGAGGUACCUUCGACGUCUCCAUUCUAACCAUCGACGAAGGAUCUCUGUUCGAGGUGAAGUCCACCGCUGGAGACACCCACUUGGGAGGCGAAGAUUUCGACAACAGACUGGUGAAUCAUCUCGCUGAGGAAUUCCAGCGGAAAUAUAAAAAGGAUCUACGCGCCAACCCACGAGCGUUACGCCGCCUACGCACGGCCGCCGAGCGCGCGAAACGAACGCUUUCAUCGAGCACCGAAGCCACCAUCGAAAUAGAUGCCCUUUACGAAGGUAUCGACUUCUACACCCGAGUAUCCCGUGCGAGAUUCGAGGAACUAAACUCGGACCUAUUCCGAGGAACUCUGGAGCCUGUCGAAAAAGCUCUGAAAGACGCUAAGCUAGACAAGAGCCAAAUCCAUGACGUCGUUUUAGUUGGAGGAUCAACCCGUAUACCAAAAGUCCAGAAUUUACUACAGAACUUCUUCUGUGGCAAAAAACUCAACCUUUCCAUCAACCCUGACGAAGCUGUCGCAUACGGCGCGGCGGUACAGGCAGCUAUUUUAAGCGGUGAAAGCGAUUCCAAGAUCCAAGAUGUUUUGCUCGUAGACGUCGCACCUUUAUCGCUUGGCAUCGAAACCGCUGGAGGAGUCAUGACCAAAAUCAUUGAACGCAACUCCAAAAUCCCCUGCAAGCAAUCACAAACCUUCACAACUUAUUCGGAUAACCAACCCGCUGUCACCAUCCAAGUCUAUGAAGGAGAACGAGCUAUGACCAAAGACAACAACUUAUUAGGAACCUUCGACUUGACUGGUAUUCCACCAGCGCCGCGUGGAGUCCCCAAAAUCGACGUCACUUUCGACCUAGAUGCCAAUGGAAUCCUGAACGUAUCUGCGAAAGAAAACAGCACGGGACGAAGCAAGAACAUCGUGAUAAAGAACGAUAAAGGAAGACUGUCUCAAGCUGAAAUAGAUCGCAUGCUAUCCGAAGCAGAGAAGUACAGAGAAGAAGACGAGAAACAGAGGGAAAGGGUGGCUGCGAGAAACCAAUUGGAGUCAUACAUCUUCAGUGUUAGACAGGCUUUGGAUGAUGCUGGGCAGAAGCUAUCUGAUGCAGAUAAGAGCAGCGCGAAGAGCGAGUGCGAUGAAGCGUUGAAAUGGCUUGAUAACAACACGCUAGCGGAGAAAGAUGAAUACGAACAUAAACUCCGGGAGAUCCAGAAGGUUUGCUCGCCCAUCAUGAGCAAGCUUCAUGGAGCCGGUGGAGCCCAAGGUGCUGGACCUCAGGGCGCCGGCGGACCCACAGUCGAGGAAGUGGAUUAAACUAUGCCUAACUUAAACAGUAUUGAUUGAAUGUGAUACUAUUGUGUUUAAGACUGAUUUUAUUUAUUUUUGUCGAGUAUUGAGUAACUGAAUAUGAUCACCUGUUGUUUUUGCUAAGUUUAGAUGUAAGAUCACCUGUUGGAUUAGUUUGAAUAAAAAAUAAUUUAUUUUAAUUUUAAA